AUGCAAAUUUUCGUUAAGACGCUAACUGGUAAGACCAUUACUUUAGAAGUUGAAUCUUCGGACACCAUCGACAAUGUCAAGUCGAAGAUCCAGGACAAGGAGGGCAUUCCCCCAGACCAGCAGCGCUUGAUUUUUGCAGGUAAGCAACUAGAGGAUGGCCGCACGUUGUCCGACUAUAAUAUCCAGAAGGAGUCUACUUUACACUUGGUGUUGCGUUUGAGAGGUGGUAUGCAGAUUUUCGUCAAGACCUUGACGGGAAAGACAAUCACACUCGAAGUCGAGUCCUCUGACACCAUCGACAAUGUCAAAUCGAAGAUCCAGGACAAGGAGGGCAUUCCCCCAGACCAGCAGCGUUUGAUUUUUGCAGGUAAGCAACUAGAGGAUGGCCGCACGUUGUCCGACUAUAAUAUCCAGAAGGAGUCUACUUUACACUUGGUGUUGCGUUUGAGAGGUGGUAUGCAGAUUUUCGUCAAGACCUUGACGGGAAAGACAAUCACACUCGAAGUCGAGUCCUCUGACACCAUCGACAACGUCAAGUCCAAGAUCCAGGACAAGGAGGGCAUUCCCCCAGACCAGCAGCGCUUGAUUUUUGCAGGUAAGCAACUAGAGGAUGGCCGCACGUUGUCCGACUAUAAUAUCCAGAAGGAGUCUACGUUGCACUUGGUGUUGCGCUUGAGGGGAGGUAUGCAGAUUUUUGUGAAGACUUUGACAGGGAAAACUAUUACGCUUGAGGUCGAGUCCUCUGACACCAUUGACAACGUCAAAUCGAAGAUCCAGGACAAGGAGGGCAUUCCCCCAGACCAGCAGCGCUUGAUCUUUGCGGGUAAGCAACUAGAGGAUGGCCGCACGUUGUCCGACUAUAAUAUCCAGAAGGAGUCUACGUUGCACUUGGUGUUGCGCUUGAGGGGAGGUAUGCAGAUUUUUGUGAAGACUUUGACAGGGAAAACUAUUACGCUUGAGGUCGAGUCCUCUGACACCAUUGACAAUGUCAAAUCCAAGAUCCAGGACAAGGAGGGCAUUCCUCCCGACCAGCAGCGCUUGAUCUUUGCGGGUAAGCAACUAGAGGAUGGCCGCACGUUGUCCGACUAUAAUAUCCAGAAGGAGUCCACGUUGCAUUUAGUGUUGCGUUUGAGAGGUGGUGCAUUAUAA